GCCCUUUUUUUCUCUUCUCUCUUCUCUCUUUUUCUGCGGCUCCCCAAAAAAUAAAAAUAAAAAUUGACUUUUGCUUCCUCCUAUGGCGGUUUUGAACCGCGUUUUUAGAUUAAGAGCGACAAGCUCUUUCUCAGUUCGGAGCUUCCGUUCAUCAUCUUUUCUAAAUUCCGAAACUGACCUCAAGGCGUCUUCCUCUGUCAUCGCCCAAAACUCUCUUCCUCUGCAGCGGGACGUUGUCCCCCACAUCGCCACCGGCGAUCUCGUUCGCGACGAGCUCUCGUCUUCUGGUCCCUUCGCUCUUCAGCUUGCAGAGGUUGUGAACCAGGGCAAAUUGGUUUCGGAUGAGAUUAUCAUAAACUUGUUGUCCAAGCGUCUUGAAGCUAGUGCAGCUAAGGGUGAAACUGGCUUCAUUCUUGACGGUUUUCCUCGAACUAUUCGUCAGGCGGAAAUUUUAGAGGGAGUAACAGACAUUGACUUGGUGGUCAACCUAAAGCUUCGUGAAGAGGCUCUACUUGCAAAGUGCCUUGGAAGAAGGAUUUGUAGUGAGUGUGGAGGGAAUUACAAUGUGGCCUGCAUUGACAUUAAGGGUGAGGAUGGGAAGCCUGGCAUGUACAUGGCUCCACUUCUUCCCCCUCCACAUUGUGCAUCAAAGCUUAUCACACGAUCCGAUGACACUGAAGAAGUUGUAAAGGAAAGACUCCGGAUAUAUAACGAUAAGAGUCAACCUGUGGAGGGGUUCUACCGCAGUCGAGGAAAAUUGUUAGAGUUUGAUCUUCCUGGAGGGAUUCCUGAGUCCUGGCCAAAGCUGCUUCAGGCUUUGAAUCUGGAAGACCAUGAAGACAAACAGUCUGCAACCGCAUGAUUCGUAAUUCUGUAACAUAUACACUUUUAGACAAGUUAGUUUUCCAUUAGAUAAGCCAAAUCAUUCUUUGCAUGUCCUGGAAGCAGAUGCAUAUAAUUUAAAGUUGAAAGGGAAAAACUUCUAUGUGCAAUAAAAAACAGGAGCUGCCCCCCAUUUAUCUAUAAUUAUAUAGCAUCCUAUUGGGGUUUCAGAGUUAUGUAAAAUGGGUAUUUAUAUUGUAUUGUUAGUUAUGUUCUUUGUUUGGAAAAAUGGUUAGAUUAUAAUGAUUAUUUUUGUGGG